AAUACAACUGCAGUUUUAGUCUGCUGAAGUAUUUCAAACAUGUCACCAAUGAAAAGUACGAUUUUAGUAUUAUUUUUAAGCAUACUAAGUGUAACAUGUUUUGAAUUGAAGUUACUAAAAAAGGCCACGGAAACAAUUAACGACAUUUUUGACUAUAGACAAAUCACCUGUAUAGUUUGGUGGAGAGCAGACACGGAAAGCAUUAAAGUAUUAAUUGAAAAUUUUCACGGAUCCGUCGUUACAUUUGCUAUGCGAGAAUCAACAAAGAGUGACUUUCAUAAAUUGGUGAAAUACAAACAAACAGUACUAUUUGCUUCAGAUCCUGAUGAAUUCAAAUAUUUUCUACAUACAGUAGUAAAAAACGUUGUAAACCCGAUAAGUGUGAUAUUGAUUUAUACCGAACUAGUUACUAAUAAUGAUGUUUUGUCAGAUUUGAUGAAAUUAGCAUGGCAUACUGACAUUGGUGACUUCAUUGUGAUAAGUGUUUGCGGGAACAAUGAUAAUGUAACACUAACUACGUACAUUCCUUACAGAGAUGAUGAAUGUGGUAACUACAGUCCAAUAGUAUUACCUGAUAAUAUGUAUUUUAUAAGAAAAUUCAACAAUUUCAAACAAUGCCCUUUUCGUGUUACAGCUGUUAACGCUAUUCUAUAUUUUGCACUAAAGACUCAUAAUGGCAAAGUUCAUGUUAGUGGGAUAGAUGGUAAUGUAUUAAAUCUUGUAAUAGAGGGAGUUAACGCCACUAUGAAAUUUAUAGGUGGAAAUAAACGGGAUAUCGAAGUAGUCCUUAACGGGAGUGCAGCUGGACCAUUCGGUGAUAUAGUUAAUGGGUCGGCAGAUAUUUUGGGACCAAGUCUAUUACUAACGGUAAAAAGAUACAGCCAAGCCCAGCCUUUAUAUGUGUAUCAAACAUUAAAUCUCGUUUGGUGUUUGCCUAGACGUCGAGAAAUGUACACUCGUAUCAAAGUGUUGCUUCCCUUCUUCACGAGUACAAAUUUAUUUUUUAUAUUUACUUGGAUUUCUCUGUACAUAUUGAUCAGGCUUAUUCAUAAAUUUAGUUUAGUAAAUCCAAAUUUAAAGAAUAUUACAUUUCGGAUCUUAAGUAUAUCUCUUGGGCAGCCAAUCAAUUUUGUGACAGAAAAUUGGGUGGCAAAUAGUAUUUUUGUUCUGUGGAUUUGGUUUUGCCUUAUAAUCCGUGUAGCAUACCAAAGCGAUCUCGUCGAAAGAUUUGAAUUAACAAUUUUAGAGCCGCGUGUGAGUACUGCUAGUGAGGCGGUACAGUUGGUCGACGGGCACGGCGGCUUCGUCUCUGUCAAAGAUUAUUUUCAUAAUACACCUAUGGAAAUAAACUAUCAGACCGUAAGGUUAAAUGAAACGUCAAAUUAUAUCAAUAUGAUUGCAAACGGCAAAAGAUUUCUCCUAGUUACGAAUGAAAUUUUGAUUAAAUAUUUCAAUCCCGCAGUUCAGAUACUAGAUGAACGAGUAACAAGCUUACCGACAUCUUUUUACGUGCGCCCGCGCUGGCCUGCUGUACAUGAACUUAAUAAACUUCUUGAAAGAAUUACUGAAACUGGCUUCGUGAAUAAAAUCUUAAACGAUUAUAUGCAUAACAACGGUAGUGUAAAAAGAUAUUGGUCACAGACAAAAAGUCCCAAACCUUUGGACAUGUCCAUUCUGCUUGCAUGUUUUAUUGGUUUAAUUAUUAUGUAUGUUGUAUGCGUUAUCAUUCUUGCUAUUGAAAUUUAUUACUAUAAAAUUCAACAUAGAAGGUUUAUUUGA